AUGGCAUAUUACGAGUCAAAAAAUAUGAAAUCCAAUAUCGUGAAAUUCCUGUUAAUCACUGUCUGUAUCAGUGGUAUUGUCGCUGAGAAUUGUGAAGAUGUUACUGCAUCUAGUGAUGCAAGAAGCUUUGUUGUGAAACGCGGUAUCAGUGGGUGCCAGUACCGCGUCAAACCAGCCUCCGGUAAAUCGGUGAAGGUCUUUGUUAAUUCGACGAGUGGAACCGAUUGUGUGUACGUGGCCAGUGGAGAUAAAUCGGAAGCACUGUGUCCAACAGGUGCAACGACUACUUUCACAUCUAUCGUGGCGGUUGAUAAGAGUGCGGAAUCCGGUGGGAUUACCACAUCAACGAGCACGGCUGAACCAACGGCAGCUUCAACUGAUGCGACAUCACAAUCCACGAAUGGCAAAGAUGAAGGAGAUAAAACCCCAUCGAAAGGAGAAGAAAAAGUAACUGAACAAGGGGGCACAGAAGAAAACCAAAAAAAGGAUUCAGAAGAAGCAAUGGAGAACGAACCUGAAGCUGAUAGUCACCUGAUUAGGCAAGCCAGAGAUACUACAGGCAGUGGUGGGUCUGUGGACGUAACUGGGUAUUACAUGUUGGGUAAGUGUUCAACAGCGAAACGACUUGGUUCAAAUCAAAUAAUGCAAAAUUUACUCAAUUUUUUGGAUAAAAUAACGUGGCUGUUAACCUCCAACGUUUAUGGAUUCCAUUAA